AUGACGGCCGCGAGCUCGGCGCUACCUGGUCCCCUCCAAUCGCCAACGCCGGCGUCCAUUGAGUCACUCCUCGAGGGUGCGGACGACGCGCGCGCGCAUCUCAUCCUCGGGCAUGCUCUGCAGUAUGCCGUAUCACGCGCCGACGUCGAGCUCGUCGGUUGGCUAUCGGCCCUUGAUGGACGAUGGUCCGACAUCCUCAACGACGAGGUAUCGACACUCGAAGACGCCGACGGCUGGGGCGUCGUCGGCAUGGCGAUCCAGAGCUCAUGCGGCCAGAGCGAGAAAGAGGAGAUUGUAAGACUGGUCGUUGGGCGGUGGGGCGUCGUCGCUGGUCCGCGCGACGGGCGAGACCGACACGGCUGGACGCCGCUCCACCUCGCGGCGUUACUCUCGUCCCCGCAGACUGUGUCGGUGCUACUCAACCGCGGCGCAUCGCUGUCUGCCGUCAACGAUGCGGGCUUUACACCCUUCGACCUUGUGACCGGCAUGGACGGGCGCGAGAACCUCGCCCUCCUCCUCGACCCCUGGGCAGGUGGGACACCACGCACGCCCUCGUCCCCGCAGUCAUCGUCUGACGAUGCCAGCCAAAUUGCCCCCGAGCGCCGUGCGCAGAUCCAGCGGCGGAGGAUGCGCGUGGCGACGUGUGUGGCGAACGCACGAAGGAGAGAGGAGGAGGCGGGAGUCGCGGCCGAACGGGAGAGAUGGGUGCGCGAGCGCGCCAAGCACAUUGGCGUGGACGCAACCGUGUUAUACUCCCAAGACCAUGUUAAGGAGGAAGAAGGAGAAGAGGACGAGGAGGAGGAGGAGGAGGACGAUGACGAGAUGGAAGUAGACGAGGCGCUGGGCGGCCUGUCCAGCGACGUGCGCGCCAAGGUGGACAUGGACGCGUCGCUUCUCGUCUUCUCCCUCCACCAGCUCCCGGUUCUCUUCGACGUGUUCAUAACCUCGUACCGCCCCGUGUGUAAGCCGCGGGCGCGGCGCGCUCUGCCCGCCAACGCGCUAUUCCUGUACGCGCGUUUUGCGCACUACCGCUGCGACGCGGCGUGGCUUGAGGAGCUACUGUGGGGAGCCGUCGAGGCGAUUGAGGGUGUGGUUUACGGCAAGUCGGAGGACCUGGCGUCGCUGGCGUUCUGGGAGUACAACAUUACCCUGCUGCUGUACCUCCUGCGGUCGGAUGCGGACCUCGCCGAGGCGUGCGCCGACGCCGACCUACUCGUCAACUUUGAGGAGCUGAUCAACGCCAUCCAUGUGUUCAUCAUACGCAUCGCCGAGCGCAAGAUUGACGAGAUCUUGGAACCGGCCAUGCUCGACUUUGAGGCGCUCGAGGACUUUGACGGCGUGCGCUUUGCUGACGAGUGGAACAUAUUCCGCUCGUUUGGUAGGAAAAACAAAGACAAGCGCGAGACACCUCUAGCCGCGGCCGUGUUUAGCCCACCAGCGACGACGUCCAAAAGAGGAGAUGGCGCCGAGUCACCACUAGGGACGCCAAGGUCCCGGCCGACGUCAAUACAGGACUUGAGGGCGACAGUCGUUGCGGCCAAGGCUGAAGCCAAGGAAGUCAUAGCCAACGGCAUCGGUAAGGCGCAAGCGGUAUUAGGCGACAAGCCCAGCCCACGCAAAGUUGCCGACAUACUCACGAGUGUGCUGCUCGUCCUGCAGUUGUACGAGGUCAACCCCGCGUUCAAUGUGCAGGUGUUCUCUCAGACGUUCUUCUGGAUCUCGAGCGAGCUGUUCAAUCGGAUCAUUACGCGCCGCAAAUACCUCUGCCGAACAAAGGCCGUGCAGAUCCGCAUGAACAUUACCGCCCUGGAAGACUGGACGCGCGCAAACGGCCUCCCACCACAUAUUGCAAGCCGACACUUUGUGCCGAUCAUGCAACUGCUCCAAUGGCUACAGUGCUCGUCGCAGAUCAAGGAGUUCGACAUGUUGAUUGGCACGGCACAGAACCUGCGCUCCCUAAACCCGCUCCAAAUGCGCCGCGCAGUCCGCGACUAUCGGUACGAGGUGAACGAGGGGCGCAUGGCCGACGACUGCAAUCAGUACCUCCUGCAGCUCGUGCGCGACUGGGAGCAGAGGCGAGUGCACAUCAGCGUGCAGCAAGCCGAGGAUUCCGAGGCACCGACGGUGGCCAGCCGUGACUCCCACGCGAUGUCCAUCGAGGCGCUCUUUGACGGUUCGGUGUCUCUUGCCGAGUGGAUGCCCGAGACAGGCCCCGAGGCAUUGGGCGAGCUCCUAGACUCACGGCAUAUGUUGCCUUUCUUGAUCCCGCAGGACAUCGACUACCUCCUCGCGCGGCCGCCAGCGGACGCCGCGUUCUCCAGCCUCAUGACGGAGAAGCCGCCACUACCGGAUGGUUCGAUCCUCAGCCGUCCUCUAUCUGUCGCGAGCUACUCCUCGACCAGACCUAUGGGCUGGGAGGCGCCGAUGCACAAGGAGAUCUCCCGUCUCCCUGUCCACUUCUUUGCGUGGAUGAAGCAGAGGCAACACGUGGCGCAGCUCACACGAGACGCUACGAGACAGCGUGAGGACAAGAGUCGGGUGCGUGACGACACGACGCCCGGUCCACCAGCAGUACCCCCCAAGGCGGCUGCCCGGAACAGCCCAGAGAUGGCAGCGGUAUCUACGCCAGUAAGGGUACCGGAUCCUCAACGACCCGUGACGCCAUCAACACCCCUCGGCCCCGUUUCGGAAGACCGCGAAGUGACUCCACAGGCGGGAGAGCGGAUGAGCGCAACGGACCGAAUGGCUCGCGUAGUAGCUCAAGCCCUUGUUAACAGCCCACGCACACCGCUGCCGCAGCAGUCUGUCCAAAUAACGCAGGCCGAGAGAGGCCUGGCGCGGCGCGCUUCGCAGGAGCUGCGCUCAUCUGACAAGCCUGCGCCGGCGCGUGAGAGCAUCGAGCUGCGCCAACGGUCGUCGAACGGCUCACUCGCCAAUGAGGGCUCGCCGCACUACGAGCUGGGGCGGCACCAGCGCGACGGCGACUCGAUCUCGAGCCUCUCGAGUGUGUCGAGUUCGCCGGAUAAGAGGCGGUGGUGGCCGCAGAUGGCGAUGCCGAAGCAGAGCCCGCGCGUGGUCAGCAGUGCGAGCGACGAUAUUCCUCUCCAGCGGCUCAAGGACGAUGUGGUACCGCUGGGCAGACUGAAGAGUGGGGUGCGGCAGGACUCUGCGGAGACGAUCCGGCCCCGGCGCAGCAGCAAGGAGAUGCUGGCUUAG